AUGGCGAAUUCUGAUCAAUCUGGUGGUUCCACCAACAACACAAUUGAUUCCAAUCACCCUUUUUACAUGCAUCCUUCUGAUAACCCCGGAGCAAUGCUUGUACCAGUUCAAUUUGCUGGAAUUGGUUUUCGUUCCUGGAGGCGUAGUGUUCUGAGAUCACUUUCAGUGAAGAACAAGUUGGGCUUCAUUAAUGGGGAUUGCCCACGCCCUCAAUCCAAUGACUCAUCGUACAGACAAUGGGAAAGAUGUGAUGAUAUCGUUACCUCUUGGAUCCUGAACUCUCUAUCUAAGGAAAUUGCUGAUAGUGUUGAGUAUGUCCAGGAUUCUGCAGAAUUAUGGAGAGAACUUGAAGAUCGAUAUGAACAAACAAAUGGUGCGAAGUUGUAUCAGAUCCAAAGAGAAAUUAACGACUUGUCCCAAGGCUCUCUUGAUAUCACAGGUUACUACACCAAAUUGAAGAAGCUCUGGGAAGAGCUUAGUACUUUGAAUGCCAAAGCUCAAUGCACUUGCAACUGCACUUGCGGAGCAAAGGCACUUGUUCACAAAGCAGAACAAGAUAGAAGGUUAAUCCAAUUUCUCAUGGGGUUGAACGAGAUUUACACAGUUAUUCGUGGGAGCAUACUUAUGAUGAAUCCGCUGCCUACUAUGGCUCAGGCCUUUUCUCUGUUAGUCCAGGAUGAACACCGGAGGGAAAUUAAGCCUUCUAACCAUUUUAAUGUAGAAGCUACUGCUUUACAUGCUGGAAACGUCAGGCCUUCUUCAUCAAAUGUCAGGCCUUCUUCAUCCUACAAGACAAACUAUGCUCCUAAUGCCUCACAUGGUCACUCUCAGCUUCAAUACAAGGACAAAUUCUGCACUUACUGCAACAGGACUGGUCAUCUUAUUGAGAAGUGUUAUCAACUCCAUGGAUAUCCAACUAAUUCAAACAACCCAAGCCCAAAUCAAAGAAACAAUCCAACUCCGAGGCCUAAUACUUUUCGCAAGGGAAAUCAGAGGACCAACAAAGGAUCUGGCAAUAAUGUUGUAGCAAAUGCUAAUUGCACACCAGACUUUACCCCUGGCAAAAGAUUAGAUGAGGAGAUGUACAAUGUGAGCCUUACCAAAGACCAAUAUGGUCAUGUUCAAGGCAUGCUUCAGCAAUUCCACAGGGAACAUGAGCAUGAGGGAUCCAACAACAAUCCAAACCUUGCUAAUGGACCAGCAACUGAUUUUACAGGUAUCAUAGUCUGCACUUCCUCUAUUGAUUUUGGAAAACUGUCAUGUAAUUGUUUCAAAAACAAAUCUGACUCAUGGAUAUUGGACUCGGGAGCCUCAAACCACAUGACUUUUAAUAUAUCUCUACUACACAACAUCACACUUUUACCAUAUCCUUUGUUAGUUGCCUUGCCUAAUGGAUACAAAGUUAAGGUGACUCAAGUUGGUAGUGUGACAUUAGGGCCCAUGAUCAAUUUAGAUAAAGUUCUGUAUGUGCCAUCUUUUAAAUAUAACUUGAUUUCUAUUCAUACUCUGACUGUUCACUCAAAAUACACUGUUAGCUUCACCAAAACUUCUUGUUUCAUGCAGGCCCCUUCAAUGAAGAGGCCUCUGGUGAUUGGUAGUGCAGAAGAGGGUCUAUACUUCCUGUGUCCAAGUUGUUUGAAGAACUCUUUCAAUAUUUCGAAAUGUAGUAGUGUCAUUCCAAAUAAUUCUUGCAAUAACUGUAGUAACAGACAGUCUAUUCAGACUUUAGAUAACAAGCAAUGUACUCCUAUUCUCAAUAAAGAAAUGUCAUGUUCUAUUCCAUGUCCAGUUUCUUGUACUUCUAGUUCUCAAACAUGUGCUGGAAAUCAUGUAGACAUUGUGUGGCAUAAUAGAUUGGGACAUGUCCCUUUUGUCAAAAUGAGAGAUAUUUCCACCAUCCCUGUGAAGUUCUCAGCCAAGCAACCUUUUAUGUGUUCCAUUUGCCCUAUGGCAAGACAAGAAAGACUACCUUUUAAACCACGAACCACACUAACCUCACACACUUUUGAAUUACUUCAUGUUGACUUGUGGGGGCCUUACCAUACACUAACACAUAACCACUUUAAAUAUUUCUAUUUCAUUGUUGCAGUCACCUUAUUUCAUUGAUAUUUUGGAUGUUUUUGUCAAAAAUGGCACACAGGAUACUCUAAAUAGUUCAAAUGGUCCUACUG